CUCCAAGACCCAGCGAAAGAGCUCUCACAAUGCCAGAGCCAGCGAAGUCAACAUCAGCCCCCAAAAAGGGCUCCAAGAAAGCCGUGACAAAGACCCAGAAGAAGGGUGAUAAGAAGCGUCACAAAAGCAGGAAGGAGAGCUACUCCAUCUACGUCUACAAGGUGCUGAAGCAGGUCCAUCCUGACACCGGCAUCUCCUCCAAGGCCAUGGGCAUCAUGAACUCCUUCGUCAAUGACAUCUUUGAGCGCAUUGCUGGAGAAGCCUCCCGCCUGGCCCAUUACAACAAGCGUUCCACCAUCACCUCSCGGGAGAUCCAGACGGCCGUGCGCCUGCUGCUGCCYGGAGAGCUGGCCAAGCACGCGGUCUCRGAGGGCACCAAGGCYGUCACCAAGUACACGAGCUCCAAGUAGCCCGACAUCCCCUCUGCAACGGGACCAUCGAGCACCGGGCCCUCCAUGCAAGCACAGGUAGGCAGCCAUGGUCUGGAUGAAUGUCACAGCUAUUAUCCACAGCAAUCUGCAGCCUUGGCAUGGGCAUGAGAAGCUGCCCAGGUGAAGAGGAGACGGUGAUCUGGAUGUCAGCUGAUUUUUAUUGUGUGUUGUGGAUGUGGAAAGGAUUUGUCGAGGCUGGUGGUGGAGGCCCCUGCUUUCACAUCUCAUUCAAAGAACUGACCAACCAUAGUGUAUCCAGUCCCCCCUGUGCUUGGCAAACRUUCAUGUUUGGCCCUGAGAGGGGGGACUGGCAGCAGCAACACAGAGACACCAUCCCUGAAGUCUUCCUGUUUGACUGUUUUCUCGCAGUUGUCUGAAAUGGGUACUGAAGAGUCAGCGCUGCAUCCUCGCUCUCAUUGCCUGGAUCCYUGCUGCUGUGCAGUGGCUCAGCCCACCCUGUGCUGGCAGAAGUGGCAUCAACAGCUACCAGGCACACAUUGAUUCAACAGCUCUCUGUACUUGACAGCCUGUUUUAAAGAGCAAGCCUGGCAGGCAGGCAGAUGCCCACGUUGAUACUGAGCACUAAUCCUCCUCCUUGCUGCUGAUGGAUGAGCCAUGGAGCAGGAUGAGGGUGCUGGUACUGGAGCUGCCCACUGCCUCCCACCUUGUGUGAAGGUGGAGGGAUGGACAAGGUGGGAUGUUGGGAAUGGGUGUCUACCUUUCCUGGAUGCUGCUUUGCCUGCUUUAGGACUUGCUUUGGUGUGCAAGACAUUGCUAAUUCUGCUGCUUUUUAGAGACUUUUUCUGCCUUGAUGCUGCCUGGGUGCUCCCUUCCACAAUAAAUGUGGGCAAGAUGGGGUGGUGCCCAUGGGGGUCCCCUCUCCUGUGAGCACUAGGGUGRUGCAGGACAGACAGCAGAGAGGUUYUGGGCAGGGACUGAGGAUUUGGGAAGGCAUCUGGUGUGGGAGCAGAGGUGGUUAGUGCAUUUUGAGGGGUGGGGGAAGCCCACUGCCCACAGAGAUCACUGCAGGCCGCUCACCUGGCCCUGCCUUCCCUAAUUCAUUCAGCAGUUAGAAAGCAAAAGCAAAAGCAAAAAUGGGGGCUGGGUCGAUAUAUAGGGACACUUGCCUGCAUCCCACAUAUUUUGAAAGUUAAAUAAUUUUAAACUACUUCAGAUACUCCCCAUAUCUUUUGCAAGUUCACAGUAAGGUGAGCAAUAAUAAAAUAAUGAUAAAGCCAUAGAGAUUAGUGAAGGAAUGUCUUUUUUACAGGUUUACCUUACCCAGACUGCUGGAUAGCAGAAGAGCAUGUGUAGAGCUGGUGUGAAGUUGAAGCUUCCUACUCAAAAUGCAAAAUUAGCCAGCAUUUAAGAAAAAAAAUCAAAGGCAGUAACACUCAAACAAAAAUAUUCAUGUCUAAAAUAACAACAGCUUUCUGCAACUUAUUCUGUAAAUAAAAGGAGCAUCAAAGAAAUAGAAUCCAGAACUAAGUGCAGAUUCUCGCUAAGCUUCAAGACCUUGUUUUUAAUUAAAAGGUAAAUUCAUAUCGCAAAAUAGCAGCCCUGCAGUACUUCUUUAUCUUUCCUCUAUAUUUUGUUCUAUCCUGUUUCUUUACACUUUGAGAGUGAUUGMGACCUUUGACAAAUUUCUGUUGCCUUUGGAGCUGUAGGACUCUGCAGCUCCAAAAGAUUCAUCUUUCAGUCAUUUUGUGGUUGGUGUGAGGAAAGGACUGCAUAGCCCUGCUCAGAAUGAGCAUCMUGGGGUCUCGUGUGGUCUCUGUGCAAGACUGAAGGUCAGCUUCUUUAUGGGCUGCUCCCACACCCCUGCUUUGGGCAAGAACACCCCACACGUGAAAAGGGGCUUUCAUCCCACGCUCUGCUCAGUGGAACCCCACAGCUGUGUUCCAUAAUGCCAGCAGGAACCUCUAGUGAUACCGCUCAAAGAACAAAACCCAGCUCCCUGGGUGCCAGCACCCUCAAGGCGCAGCUCCCAGCACAGCACUAUAUUCAGUAGCAUUUGUAACCUGGGUCCUUUGUCCAGGACRCUUUGCAGGUGACAGCUUAGUUCUUCCUUUUGUUUUCCAAUCAAAUGGUCAAAAUCCGAUACCAAAGAUUAACAUGUACCUGCAGUGGGCCUAGAGCCACCAUCCUUAACCCCUCAGCCACAAGAAAUCCAGGCUGUGGAUGAUGUAUCAGGGGAAUAUUAGGAGUGAAGGGCUGGAUGCCAUUGCUGGAGCUUUCUUCUUCUGUCCCUGUGAGCUGCAGAAUUCAUCCCCUUGGGGAGUCCUCUUGAAGGGUGGAGUUCAGAAUGGAAUAAACCCACUCCAGUGCAAGCAGUGUGUUUGAGCCAGGACACRCAUCUCCCAGGACUGGCUGGCACAGCCUCUGAACUCCAGCUCUUUUGAGCAGAGCAGAGUCCCACUUCAGCCUCCACAGGCUGCAAGAAAUCAGGAAAAUAAAAUGAGGUAUUGGCCCUCCAGGGUCUCCUGGGCAGCUCAGGGAGCCAGGAACAAGGCUGGGCACUCGAACAARAGCUGUUCGCUCCAUACUUACGGUACUGGUCUCAUUUUCUUCUGCCUCUGUUGCCACCCUCCAUUUUUGGAGAUUGUUUCAGACAUAGCAGAACCAGUUGUUUAAAACUACAAAAAUACUUGAAGGCUUGAAGAUUUUUAUAUUUUCUAAAGCUGAGUGACUGAGACUGAUCAUGUCUGUCCAUUUAUAGUUUAGGUUGUCCUUUCACACAUCGUUUGCUCUUCGCUGUCCCUCUGUAGUUUUGGUUUUUUUUUCACUCACUCCUGACAAUGUGAGGCACAGGACUGAGGAACUGAUCCAUGUUAAAAUAAACCCUGUUUUCCCCCUUUUUUUCAAGGUUUGUUUUAACCUUGUUCUGGUGGCUGCACUGUUCUAUCACUGUUGGACCUUGUGCCAGCACAGGAAUGGGAUGUUCCAGGAAAGAAAGGCUGGUAUAAGCUAGGACUGACACAGAAAACAUUUUGAAAGUUAAUGGCCCUAGUGUCAAGAAAAAAUGAAGGAAAUUGUGUCCUGCAGCRGUCCCACUAGCAGCAGAGAUGUGGCUUUUAAAUACUCCGCUAUGGCUGUGAUCCUUGCAAUGUCCCACAAUCAAUUUCUCUAACAGUGCUGACACUGGAAAUCAAACACAUCCCGUUUCUGCAGGUCCCAGAGUACUCAAAUCAAGGGAGAGGGASCAGUUUGGGAAGGGGAUUCUGCUCCCAUGCAGCCAUUCAGCUGUAGCAGCUGGAGACUCCUUGCUCAGCUAGAAAACCUACAAGGCCCUCGCCAGAGCUGCCUGCUSCUGUACAGAACACAUCCACAGCAGGUUCAGUGGGAAUUAGUUUGAAUGUGGUGAGUUUGGGCCGAGCCUUAAUGUUAGARACAAUAGAAGGUGGUCUUAAACUUCAAGGAUUGGUUGUCCACUAAGUAAUCUGAGGUCUGACAUAUUUUACAGUUUCCUGGUAAGGAGGUUUGCAGCGGAAGAUGGGUUCUGCACUAUGGGAUCUCUGCUUUUAAAGAAUACGUAUUUCCAGCUCUGGAAUUGCGAAAAUGUUUUAAAACUGAAGAUAAUAUACCAAGCCCCAAUGUCCCUACCUGAUCCCUGCUGCAGACCCAGAAGCAUUUCUGGGGCAUUCCUACCUAUGUUUUGCCAAUUAAAAAAAGUAAAUCAACUACAGAUUGAAAGUUGGAAAGGAAGAUGAAAAAGGUAAUACAGCCUUGAUAUUAACCUCAUAUUAACCCCAAGGACAUCCAUCACUGCACUGAGUUAYUUGUUUUCAUAUACAAUUUAAGAGAGAAAACAAGCUGCUAUAUAUCUACUUCUGGUUUUUCACCCUGCUUCCCCAGAACAGCUUAAAGUCCAUCUGCCUUUCACAGCAGAGUUCAGUCUACAGAGGAGGUGAGUGGCCCUGCAUGGAGGCUUGCUCCUGCUCAGGACAGACAGGUCUUUAGUCAAGAGGAAAAGAGUCAUGGGAUCUUUAGUCAUGGGGGAAAGAUUGAAAACAAGUGUGGAGGAUGAGUGCCACAGAGGGACACCACAGAGCCCUGCCCAGUGGAGCUGUGUGGCCCGUGCACCCUUUGCUCUGGUGACAGGCAGCCAUGUGGGUAGCCCCAAGUCCUGCCACCCUUGGAGUGAASUUUGGCAUGGCCUCUGCACAGCCCUGAGCCUUUGUCCCAUCGUAGCAUUUCCUUAUGGUUUACAUCCAGAUUGGAUUGUUUACAGGGGAAGAAAKAAUGUGAACUAAAUAAUAAAAAUCACUUAGUGACUGAAUUUGGAGAGUUUCCUGGGACCACCACCUGGGGAGCAAUUUUUCAUGCUUACUCCAUGCAUGGUAUCUCAUGGCUUAUGUACACAGAGUGUUUCUGACAAUAAGUGUUACAUCAAAUAUGAUCCAUGUUAUCUUGCUGCUGGUUUAUGAUCUACCUUAGUGCUAAUUACCUGCUUUCUGUUAAUUGUCUGAAUAAAAUGUAAUUGCCAACCUGUUGGAAGUCAAUGG